AUGCCAGCCGCCAAAGCCGAAGAAAAGGGCGAGUCCUCCACUGCUGCCUCCAAAGCAGCCCUCUCUGCAUCUACAAAUGGAUCGCCCAAUUACGAGCUGCCAUGGGUCGAAAAGUACCGUCCAGUCUUCCUCGACGACGUCGUCGGCAACACCGAAACGAUUGAGCGACUAAAAAUUAUUGCCAAGGAAGGCAAUAUGCCGCACGUCAUCAUCUCUGGUAUGCCUGGCAUUGGAAAAACUACGAGCGUACUCUGCCUCGCGCGUGAGCUGUUGGGCGAGUCGUAUAAGGAGGCAGUCCUCGAGCUCAACGCCAGUGACGAGCGCGGUAUUGACGUUGUGCGCAAUCGAAUCAAGGGCUUUGCACAGAAAAAGGUGACGCUGCCGGCCGGUCGCCACAAGCUCAUCAUUCUCGACGAAGCCGACAGCAUGACCUCGGGCGCGCAGCAGGCUCUACGAAGAACCAUGGAAAUCUACUCCAACACGACGCGAUUCGCUUUUGCGUGCAACCAGUCCAACAAAAUCAUCGAGCCCCUCCAGUCACGAUGUGCCAUUCUCCGCUACGCCAAGCUCACCGAUGCGCAGGUCGUCAAGCGACUGCUGCAAAUCAUCGAGGCCGAAAAGGUGGAAUACAGCGAUGACGGUCUCGCGGCCUUGGUCUUUAGCGCCGAGGGCGACAUGCGACAGGCCAUAAACAACCUGCAAUCGACAUUUGCAGGUUUUGGCUUUGUCUCAGGCGACAACGUGUUCAAGGUGGUGGACUCGCCGCAUCCGAUCAAGGUGCAGGCGAUGCUCAAGGCCUGCUACGAGGGCAAUGUCGACUCGGCCCUCGACACCCUUCGCGAACUUUGGGAUCUGGGAUACUCAAGCCACGAUAUCAUCAGCACCAUGUUCAAGGUCACCAAGACAAUCCCGACGCUGAGCGAGCACUCGAAGCUGGAGUUUAUCAAGGAAAUCGGCUUCACACACAUGAAGAUUCUUGAGGGUGUGCAAACGCUACUGCAGCUGAGCGGCUGCGUUGUGAGGCUAUGCAAGAUUAACAUGGAUCCGAAGCGUUUCCAGGCAAAGUAA